GUUGUUAAUUUGUCGAGUUUUAUGCGAGCGAAAAUUAAACAUUUAUUUCAAUAUUCUAUCAAGUAUUAACAGAUUAAAAGCGUAGAACAACAUGCCACGAACAAAAAUCAAUCGUAAUGCUCUCAGCAAUAAAAGAUUACGAGAAAACACGGCUGAUUUAGAAGAAAUUUUAAGAGAAUAUGAUAUUGAAGUGGAAAACUCAAUUCAACAACUUCAAUCGGGAUACAACAAACAGAUGAGAGAAAUAACAGCAUUAUUCGAAGAACUUAGAAGCUCAUGUUCUGAUGACAUCUUGAAGACAAAAAUUCGAGAUUUGAAGAAUGUUAAAGACAUCAAUGAAUUAAUGGUUGUUGAGAAAAUGAGCAAUUUGAAUGCUACACUUAAAGAUACUUGUCACAAAGCUGAUGAAGGCUACGUUACAGAAGCUAUCAGCAAUAAGAGUCGCAUUACGUCUGGAUCUGAAAACGGAUCUGUCUGUCAAAAACAGGGAUUGGAACUUAGUCAGAACAUUUCAGUUAUCGGAUCCUUGAGAAAAACGAAGACACGUCGUCGAAGCCAAUCAGUGUCCAGUAUCGUUCAGGAGAAAGCAUACGUUACUCCAGGACCGAGAGUUAUGAUGACCUCAUCAAAAGGAAGAACUCCAUUGCAACAGCAAAAUCAACAAGGAACUCACACAUCUCGUUCAAAGUAUCGCACUCCAAUGAGUAGCGCUUUGCGCCAAAAAGCGGCUAGUGUUGAUCGUCUUAACUGCAUCACACCGAGAGUUAAUCCAAACAGGCCAAUCUCCCUUUUACGUCAUGCACGAGCUGGCGAAGCUGUUUUUUCAGUCACUGGAAGUCCGAUUGUCCCAUCAAACAUAUGUGAGACAACAGCCAAUGUCAACAUUCCCGUAUCUGACGGAGUUCUAUCGAUACGUCCUCAAUGCAUCGAAUCGGGCAAUCUCGAUCCAGCCUUGAUGAAGAAAAUCGAUCAAAAGACUUUAAACCAUUUAUUGUUGUUAAAGAAGAAUCUCGACAUCAUCAUGGCUGGAGCUGGUUUCAAGCUCAAUAAUCAUUAAGGCAGAAUUGAAGUCCAUCUUUCUAUAUUUUUAAUUUUGCUUUUCUCAAUUUUUUUCAUUCGCAUGUUUUCUUUUCUACUGUAAGAAAUUUUUGUAUCCUCACACAAAACAAAAAUAUUUUCUCGCUACUUCUUAAUUUCGUUUUAGACAUUUAGAUAACUUCAUGGAAUAACUAAAACUACUAAAAAAGAUGGAAAUUUCAAUUCGUUAAGAAAAGCUGAGAAUUUAUUUCGGUUUUGCAUUCCAAACAAUUUUUUCCAAUCCGCGAAUCUUUGGGAUUUACUUUACAAUUCGUCAUAUGAAUCUAUGAAAGUUUUCGUUCUCUUUUUCUUAAAUAUUUGAGAAAACAUAUCAAGAAGUAACGAAAUGUAAAUGGAAGAUAAUAAUGUUAACUUGUUCUCCUGAUUAGAUUGAAAUACAUACCUUAAUUACCUAUAUGAUAGUUUCUAAUCUUUAUGAAAAAUUCCAAGGUUGUCUCAUUGUCUCACAGCAAGUUUCGUGGGACGCAUCUUUGAAUAGAAAUAGAUGUUGCUAAUCUUGCUGUCAAGUUCUGAAACUUAAUCCAAAAAAUACGUCUGACUA